UUCCUUCAUUCAUGCACCUUCCUACUUCUGAGUAAGAAAAAGUAAGAAACAAAGGAAACCUCUCUAGAAAACUCUUUAUUCUCUCCGAACCUAACUAAGAAUGCAGCACCACCCGAACCCAGCCACACUGGAUUCCGACCCACAGCUCCCGCAAAUUAGAAUUCACCAACCAACCUCCCCUCGCCACCAUUCAUCUGCGGCGACGCCCACCCCCACCGCCGGCGCCCGCCGCAAAAUCGGCGUGGCCGUUGAUCUCUCCGACGAGAGCGCUUACGCGGUGCGCUGGGCCGUCCAGCACUACAUCCGUCCCGGCGACGCCGUGAUCCUCCUUCAUGUUAGCCCCACGAACGUCCUCUUCGGCGCUGACUGGGGCUCCAUCGACCUCUCCAUCAACACCGACCCGAACUCUGAGGAGGAAGCCGUUACCAGCGUUAACGUUAACAACAACGACCACAACAGCAAGCGGAAGCUCGAGGACGAUUUCGACGCGUUCACGGCGUCGAAGGCCGCUGAUCUGGCGAAGCCGUUACGAGAUGCUCAGAUUCCGUACAAGAUCCACAUCGUGAAGGAUCAUGACAUGAAGGAGCGGCUCUGCUUGGAGGUUGAGCGCCUUGGCCUCAGCGCCGUCAUCAUGGGGAGCCGUGGGUUCGGCGCCGUGCGCCGCGGCAGCGACGGUAAGCUCGGCAGCGUCAGUGAUUACUGUGUCCACCACUGCGUCUGCCCUGUCGUCGUGGUCCGCUAUCCCGACGACAAGGAUGGUGCCGUUGGUGCCGGCGGCGAUGCCAUUGUGGCCGUCAAGGAGGGCGAAGAGGGAGAGGCCGUUAUCAAGCCUGUGCCGGUUGCGCAUCAACAUAAGAAAGAGGAUUAGCUGGAGCCAAAUAAUUACUUCACACCUGUCUCUGCUGAAUGUAUCUGAUCCAAAAGGGAUUAGUGGAAAUGGUUUUAGAGUGCUCUCUUUCUCUUCCUGUCAGGUUGUACUUAGGGCAUUUCCUGCAUAAUGAAGUCUGGAAAGAUUGUGGAUGAUUUUGUAUGGCUUGAUAUGAUCUGCGUUCCUUUAUGGGCUGUUGGAAGAUUGUUUUUGGUUCUGAAGUGGUACAUACGCUUUCACGCAGAUGUACAUGUUUGCCUGUGACUGUUUUUGGCUUAUUGUUCCCAUUCACUGUGGGAGGUUGAAUUAUCAUGAUGAGCACUUCUUUAGCUUGAUAAAUCUAAUAGAGCACUUAUUUAGCUAGAUAAUUUUAUAGAGCUAUGUUGAUAGAACUAAUACUAUUUUGGGCAAGUCAACAUGUUUUCCCUUUGUUUAUAGAUACAUGAAAUGAGGUAAAAUAUUGUUGAUAAAGAUAAUUCAGGGAAUGGUGGUAGACUGUAGGCAAUCCUUGACAUAGUAAAUGAUUUUUUUCUUUUUUUUAGGGGGGGAAUAUAAUAUUUCUAUUUGUAAAUAAAAUUUCUAUGGUAGCUUAAUGGGCAUAAAAGCUAUCUAAGCGUGGUUGAUUUGAAAUUUACUGAUUGUUUCUGAAUACAACUUUUUGUUAUAUAAUUCUGUGAAAUUUGAAU